UAUAUUGGCUGAAUUUGCAAGGGUAUAAAGGUCAUUUUCAUCAUUUGUUGUUUCAAGAUACAAUUAUAAAUACUCACGCAAACAUUUAUGGAUCAAAGAGGGAGGAUAUAAGGGAAAGAGAGAGAGAGAGUAAUGGACAAUGAACAGCUUCUUCCCCGUCAUCAAUAUCAUCAUCAAGAUCCUAUCGAUACAUCUCUUCUAGCGUCUCUAUAUGUCGGACACUUCUUAGCCAGAUGGGGUGCCAGGACGUGGGAGUUUUCGGUGGGUUUGUAUAUGAUAAACGUAUGGCCAGACUCUUUGCUUAUGGCAGCGGCUUAUGGAGUGGUCGAGUCAGCAUCGACCACCUUAUUUGGUCCCUUUGUAGGCCAGUGGAUUGACAACUCAACAUACCCAAAGGUUCUCCGAAUUUGGCUAAUAACUCAAAACCUCUCAUUCAUCGUUGCCGGAGUCACGGUGGUCGGACUUUUAAUCUCUCCGGACUUGCGGGCCACCAACGUCACUGCAUUUACAUUGCUCGUCGUGUUGACCAAUCUUUCCGGCGCUCUUGCUGUUCUUUCAACUCUCGCCGGAACUAUCUUGAUUGAAAGAGAAUGGGUGGUGGUGAUAUCAGAAGGCCAUUCUUCAAACUUACUAACAACGAUGAACUCCAGAAUCCGGAGAAUCGAUCUCAUAUGCAAACUAUUUGCACCUGUCGUUACAGGAUUCAUCAUCAGUUUCGUGUCAUUAAUCGCAUCAGCUGCAAGUUUAGCAAUCUGGAACAUAGUCUCGGUUUUCUUGCAGUAUUGGCUUUUAAACUCCGUAUACAAAGGAAUCCCAGCUCUCCAAGAACGCAGCAAAAAACGAGGACUAAAAACCAACAUAGCUACUCAACAAGAACAUGCAUCCUCUUCUUCUACUUCUCAAGAACAACUUAUCCAACAUCAUAACACAGAAGAAGAUCUUUCAGAAGAUGUUUCAUCAAGUAAUCCAAUUGUUAGGAAACUCAUUCAAAGGGUUUCCAACAGUUCGUUUAUUCGUGCUUGGCGAGUUUACCUUCAACAAGAUGUCGUUUUGCCUGGAUUAUCUCUAGCGUUGCUCUAUUUUACUGUCCUCAGUUUCGGGACUUUGAUGACUGCGACAUUGGAAUGGGAUGGAAUACCAGUGUAUAUAAUUGGAUUGGGAAGAGGAAUAAGCGCUAUAAUUGGUAUUUCAGCUACGUUUUUGUAUCCUUCCAUGGAGACUCGAAUUUCAACACUUCGAACUGGACUUUGGUCGAUCUGGUCACAGUGGGCAUGCCUCUUGGCUUGUGUUGGCUCAAUAUGGGUUAAGAACAAUACCGCAUCGGCUUAUUUAUUGAUGGCUGGAGUUGCAGCUUCACGUCUAGGGCUAUGGACGUUUGAUCUAUCGGUUAUUCAACAAAUGCAGGAUCAAGUUUCUGAAUCCGAUCGAGCUGUUGUUGGAGGUGUUCAAAACUCGAUUCAGUCAUUCUGGGACUUGAUGACAUACAUCAUGGGGUUGAUUAUCUCUAAUCCCGAGGAUUUCUGGAAGUUGAUCUUGGUGUCGUUCUGGUUGGUGACAAUAGCAGUGAUUAUGUAUAGUGUUCAUAUUUAUCGAGUUCGGAAGCACCUCUUUCACUUUGAAAAACUGCUCAUGUUAUUUCGUAGAUACUUUGAGUGUGGUGAAGCUCCAGAGACCGAGAACCAUCUUUUUACUCAAUGCGGAAUAACAAAAGAUCUAUGGCAAAGAUUAUCUGGCUGGUGGUGGCUAUUGGAUCCAAAUGUACGUACGAUUGGGGAUCUCCUUAAUUGCAAAAAUCUGCUGCAAGGCCACAGGAGGUUGUCAAACAUUCAUGAAGGUAUCAUGUUAGUAUUUUUAUGGGUGGUUUGGAGUUACCGCAACUUGAAGUCGCACGCCUCAGGUGUUAAAUCUAUAUCGGUGUUGGCUUACGAGGUCCAAUCUUUCUCAUUAUUCUGGUUUAAUGCGAGGAAUAGAAAGGCUGCUGUCCUUAGAUGGAAUGAUUGGUGCUGCGAUCCCGUUCUGGAGUGCUACUCUAGAGUGUAG